CUAAGGAAAAUUCACCUGAAACGCCUAUGACUUCGAUGAUUCAAACAGAAUCAGCUAUAUUACCAACAUUGCCAUCUAAAUCAUCCACCUACGAAUCGCCAAAUGAAAAAUCUCUUAUAUUGCAACCUUUGACAUCAGUAGCUGUUGGACCGCAAAGAAAUAUAUCGGACCCAUUUAAAAAUCACCUGAUGCUACCUGAGAUCCCUGAUAAGGCCAGAAAAAAAAGUCAAAGAACUCCUGCAGCUAUUUCUUCAGCUGCAUGGAGAAAGUACUACGAAGAUAGAGAGGAGAUAAAAAACAAAAAGCAGGAAACAAUAAGAAAAAGAAAGAUAGAACGAACAGCCAAACAGGAACAGAAAAAAACUCAAAAAAUUCGAAAAGUUGCUCGGAAACGACAAAAAAAGCCACAUCCUAUUAAAAGAACAGCAGACAUGGACACACUACAUUUAGAAUAUCAGAAAGAAAAUGUACCAGACACUGCCGAAACUCAUAAAUUUCUUGGUGAAUUAAAUCCUGAAAAUGACAACUCUGCAAGAAAACGUACAAAACAAGUAGCAGCAGUAUUGACUUCAAAAGAAAGUAUUAAAUCAAAGAGAACAAAACUAGAGAAGAAAUCUAAAAUACAAAAUCGAAAGCCACGUUCGUUUAAAAACAAAUUGGAAUCGACUUCUGAAGAAGAAGACCUAAUACUUUUGGAUAACGAGGAUUCAGCUGGAGAAGACUGCGAAUAUGAUUGUUUAAGAUGUGGCGAAAACUACUAUAAAACUGAAAAAAUUGAAGAUUGGAUUCAAUGCAUUUUCUGUCAUAAAUGGAUGCAUGAAAAUUGUACGCCGUUUGAAAAUACUUGCGACACAUGUGGAAUAUUAAAUAAAUGAUUUCAUUAAAA